UGCCUUCUAUACAUGCGUUACUCGGAUGUCUCUUACUGCGAGUUGUGGCUCACAAUCUCAUCCUAAUCUCCUGGCUGCUAAACUUCCCCUCCCCUCUUUUCCUGGCUUCCUGCUUCUCCAACAAGAUAGAGAGGCUGAACUUUCCCCGUGAAGUGACGACCUGUUGCAAAGUGAUCCAGGUGAGAAUAAGAAAGGUGAGAAGCACACAGACCAUACAGGUGACAGCAACAAGAAGGGAAGGCAGAUACUGGAAGAGCACAAGCAGGAAGGAUGGGUCCCCCACUUAAAGUACAUGAGCUUAUCCGCAUGAUCCGCGCAGUCAAGACACAGUGUGAGGAGCGUGAGGUAAUUCAGAGAGAGUGUGCAGAUAUCCGCUCUGCCUUCCGGGAGGAGGAUGCCAUGUACAGGGGCCGAAGUGUGGCCAAGCUCCUCUACGUGCACAUGUUGGGGUACCCUGCACAUUUUGGACAGAUGGAGUGCUUAAAGCUGAUUGCUUCUCCCAAGUUCACAGAUAAGCGGAUUGGAUAUCUAGGUGCUAUGAUGCUACUAGAUGAAAAACAAGAUGCACAUCUUUUGAUUACUCAUAGCAUAAAGAGGGACUUAGAGCACAGUUGCCCUAUGGUGCAGGGCUUGGCUCUUUGCACUCUCGCCUGCAUGGGCUCAGCUGAGAUGUGUCGGGAUCUAGCAGGGGGAGUGGAACAUCUUCUGCAUUCUUCAACUGGGCAUGUAAAAAAAAAGGCUGUACUCUGCGCUGUACACAUUAUCAGGAAAGUCCCAGAUUUGGUGGAAAUGUUCAUCCCUGUGAGUGAAGAACUGCUGGGGGAGAAAAGGCAUGGUGUUAUGUAUGGAGCUGUUCUUCUGGUCACAGAGAUUUGUCAGCGACACUCAGAAUCUGUUAAACGUUUCCGUAAGUUCCUUCCCCUCCUGCUGCAAAAGCUCAGACAGAUAAUAUCAGGAUAUUCCCCGGAGCAUGCAGUUUCUGGAGUCACAGACCCCUUCUUGCAGGUGCGUCUUCUGCGACUGAUGAGGAUUUUGGGCCAGAAUGAUGAAAACAUUUGUGAUGCAAUGAGUGAUGUGCUAGCCCAGGUCUCAACUUGUACUGAAACACAAUCCAACGCGGGAAAUGCUGUCUUAUAUGAGACAGUUCUCACUAUUGUGGAUACCAAGUCUGCAAGCGGCCUGCGAGUUCUCGCUGUUAACAUUCUUGGACGGUUUUUGCUCAGUAAUGAUAAAAAUAUCAGAUAUGUUGCUCUUAUGUCUCUACAACGCUUGGUACAGUCAGAUUAUGCAGCAGUGCAGAGACACCGUGCGACGAUACUGGAAUGUCUUAGACAGACAGACACCUCUGUGAACAGGAAAGCUCUGGAUUUGAGUUUUGCACUUGUUAAUGAAUUAAACAUUCGCGUUAUGAUGAAGGAGUUCCAGAGAUUUCUACUGACUUGCCCACCAGAGCUAAAAGAGCAGUGCACUUCUGGAAUAUUUCUAAGUGCUGAGAGGUAUUCCACUUCUAGGCGCUGGCACAUAGACACUAUAAUGCAAACGCUGGUCACAGCUGGAGAGAGUGUUCGCGAUGAUGCUGUGUCACACCUUAUUAACCUGAUAAGCGGAGCCUCUGAGUUACAUGGUUACAUUGUGCAGAGACUGUACAAAGCAGUGCGGGAAGACAUAUCUCAGCAACCUCUGGUACAAGUAGCUUCAUGGUGCAUUGGGGAAUAUGGGGAUCUUCUACUUUCUGGCUCAUGUGAGGAGGAGGAGCCUGCACAGGUGACAGAAGAUGAGGUUCUGGAUAUACUGGAGGGGGUGCUACAUUCUCACAUCUCCUUACCCAGUACACGGGCUUACACACUGACUGCGAUCAUGAAACUGAGCACGCGUUUCAAGCAAACCAUAAACCGUAUACGACGUGUGGUCUCUAUAUAUGGCAGCUGCCAAGAUGUGGAGCUACAGCAGAGAGCAGUGGAGUAUAAUGCCCUGUUUAAGAAAUACGACCACAUGAGGUCAGCAAUCCUAGAGAAGAUGCCCGUAGAAGAAAAAGCCUUGACAGGAGACAUUAAAAAGGCCACUGAAGAGCAGGAGAAUAAAGAUGUGAGCCCAAAGCAACCCACCUGUGUUCUGCCACAAGAUCAGGUGACUGACCUCUUGGGGUUGUUGGAAGAGAGUAACAAUGUGCCAAUGCCACAAGUGACUUCUGGACUCCCUACAGUGACGCACAGUGUAUCCAACGAAGGUAGUCUGCUGGACCUGCUAGAUGAUACUACCGUACCUGCUCUACCACCACUGCCUGUAUAUAAUAAUGGUGGGCUUUAUAUAGAAUUCUCUUUUGUACGUCCAUCAACCAACCCUGCCCAUCUCAUCAUCACAACAAGUACCACUAACAAUUCCUCCAGCAACAUCACUGACUUCCAGUUACAGGCAGCUGUUCCAAAGACAUUACAGCUACAGCUUCAGGCUCCCAGUGGUUCUUUACUGGCCUCUGGUGCAGGAUCCAUCACACAAUGCAUACGCAUAUUGAAUCCUCAGAAGGUCCCUCUGCGGAUGCGCCUUCGUCUUUCUUUCGUUCGUGAUGGAACUUCUGUAGAGGAAAUGUGUGAAAUCAAUAACUUCCCUGCAAGCUGCUGGCAGUGACCUGAAGGAAACUUGCGGAUGGAUAAGAAACACUGGGCAGAUAGGGGCAUUGGCAUGGGGGAAACAGAUGGGAUGACCUGAAGGGAGAGUGGAAGCAGACAGGUGCAUUGAUUAGAAGUGAGAAAAGAGUAAGGACCAAUGAAUUCAAUUUAUUCAUGGCAGGAGAGGAAAUGCUAAUAAUAAAUAAACUGAAUACUUCCACAUGUAAUAAAAAUAGGCAUAUAUCUGGUGUGGUAUACAGUAUCAUACUGCUCUGCUAGACAUGAUAUAUGUAUAGGUGGUUUACCCUAUUUAUGAAAGGUUUAUAGACGGCUACAUAAAUGUUUCCUGAUCACACACAUGGCUGCAUAUGUCAGCUUUUAAGGAAUAUUUUAAUAAAGAUGUUUUUAGUAAUUA